AUGGCCGCUGUCGCCGGUAAAUCGGACUACGGAGACGUAGUUAUUUCGCUAGAAAACUGCAUUCUUGACGAAGAACAACUUCAGAACACACCUUCAUUUAAAGAUGGCUUAGAUAGAGAAGUAGAAAUCGAUUUACGAAUCUUAGGUUGCGAGUAUAUCCAAAUGGCGGGCAUCUUGCUGAAGCUACCUCAGGUGAGUGCAGGUCCGGUUUGGUUUUGAAAACUUGGAUUUACCUUGAUGUUGUGAGCUGAGAUUCUUUGCUUUGGAACCUUCAGGUAGCUAUGGCUACAGCUCAAGUAUUAUUUCAACGGUUUUACUACAGUAAGUCGCUCGUAAAACACGACUGCGAGGUAAGUUACAAUACUUUUAACGUGCAAGCAAUUGGACGAUUGUUGUUCCUAGAUUGUAUACAGUUUUUCUUUACUUAAAUUUUAAUUCUUUGAGUAUUUUCACCAAGACUCCGUGGUAAAUUUGUCUUUUCUCUGGUACAGAGUUGCAAUUCAUUCCAUCCUUUUUACCUCUCGAACUUUGUAUUAAGCUAAGGGAAAUUCCAAACGGUUCAAACUAGAUCUCUUUCUGCAGUUGCAUACAUGUGCUUUGUGAAGUGUCCAUGACCAGAUUUUACUUUACAUCUCAAUCUGACCUAAAUUCAUACAAAAGGUCAACGAAAAAGAAGUUUCAGUACGAGGCUUAUACGUCUUUAAUUAAAUUCAGCGAUUUACCGAACGAAAAAUUCAUGCCGAACCUAUCGCUUUCAUAAACUUGAAUUGCAGAUAUACGCCAUGGCAAGUAUUUUUCUCGCAGCAAAAAUCGAAGAAUGCCCGAGAAGAAUUCGGGACGUGAUUAACGUGUUUCAUCACAUAAAACAGAGAAGGAAUGCCAGGUAAAUAUUUGUGCAUUUGUUUGGGGCAAGGGAAAAGCCAAGGGAGACGGUUCAUGCCACCACCAAUACUAAAUAGUUACUGAUCAUUUUUUUCUAAUUUGGUUAGACUUCAUGAACAUUUAUGGUUUAGGAGUGUUUUCGAAAAUCUGAAUUUCUCUUGUUUCCGGUUUUCACCAAAAAAAUUUAACUAACAUUUUCCCCCGUAAAAAAAGGAAAAGGACUGAAACAAAUAUCAAAAGUGAAGAGUUUUUGCUCAAAAGAUCUAAAGUUUGUCCAACUUGUUAAUUAGACUAGAAGUCUUUCUUGAAGCAGGUCUUCCGGGGAAUUUUGACUUCUCAACAUGACCUUGACAUGCUUAAAAGCCAGACAUUUACCUCUAGUUGUAAAAGAUUUGGAUAAUUUGAAAAAUUGGAUUAUUUCUCCAUGUAAAUGCUGCAGUACUGUACAUUUGUUUUGUAUUACUCCUCUCUUGUCUUCUUUUUACUGCGGAAUUUCAGUAAAGCUCAUUUGUAAUAAUUACUAGGGUUGUUUUUGAAGAGAAUCACUCCAUUUUUGAAGACUUCAAACUUUCUGGAAGGCAAUUUUUUAUCAUGUUGGUUUUGUAAUCUUCUACUUUUUAAAAGCAGCUCCAUCUCACAGGGUUUUAUUGCUUUUAGAAAAGCCACUUUUGAUAAAAACAAAAAAAUACGAAGCUCUCAAUUUCUCCAGAAGUCCUGUCAUUUUACCUCAAAAUCAGUUGUUAGAAGUUCCAUUUGCAGUUCAGCCAUGGCACAACUCAAAAUCAGAUUGAUUGCAGUGCAGAGAAAGCAUAUUGAGUUGUUACAAAUAUUUGCCCAAGCCUUAAUACAAUUAAAGAUUACUUUCAUGCAUAUUUUUUUAAGUUUUGGUUAUCAUUCCACCUCUGAAAACUUAAUAAUUCUAAGGGUGAUGAAACUUUAAUUGCUCAAUAAUCUAAUAACUUAUAAACUUAUAAGAAUCAAGUAAUUUUGCCCUUUACCAAAGAAAGAAGAGAUACAUUUCUCUAUUUUUGCCAAGAUAGGCCGAGGCUUUUAAUUUUUUUUAGCAUGACUGUAAGCAUGAAUGUGUUAUUAUUGUUCUCAUCAUCAUUAUCAUCAUUUUAUUCUCAAAAUUAACAGGCUUACCUUAAAUUGAAACUAGCUUUCUUUGUAAACAUACAAGCAAUAAAAACAACCAGAUGAAAGUCAAGCAAGUACAGAUAAUCUUUCAUAUACUUGCAAAAGGGAAAUUGUCAGAAAAUAUUUCAUGUCAAAGAGUCAAACUUACUGUCAUUUUACCAAUGCAGGGCGUGAAAUUAACUUUUUUUUCUGAUAGCCACUUGGCUCAUAAAUUCUUCAAAGUGGUAGCCAAUUCAAAAAAAAUUGGUCGCCAUUUUCAAAGGCAAACAAAAUCUUUCUUUACGCUGUCAGCGUUCUAGAUAGACCCUCCAAAAUUAAGUUAGGGAAAAGAUCUUUAAUGUGCUACAAAGUGGACACUAGGAUGGAUGAUAUACAACGUUCAGGCUCAUCUAAAUCCAAGAUGGCGUCUAGUUAUCAAUCGAGAUGCAUGUGCUACGUUUUGGAAACAAACCAAACGAGGAAGUUUGCCGCGGAUUUAUCUUUGCAAAUCUUUUUAAUUCACAAUAUCUCUCGGUAAGGUUAUGAUGAGACGUUCUAGUCGCCAAUUUGGCGACUAACUUUCAGGAUUUGGUUGCCAAAGUGAAAAAUUUAGGCAUAUUGGCGCUUGUAUUAGGCGCAAUUUCACGCCCUGCAAUGUCAAGUCCCUGUUUGGAGUAAUCAUUGUGUCACUAUUAAAUAUGAAGUUUGGUUAAGAGACUUUCCAUUCCAUCAAUAGACAGUAGAAUUUUAACUGACUUGACUUUUUUCUCUUUUUCUCUGUGCUGUCAUUGCUAACUCCAGCAGCCUGCUACCUUCUCACCACCCAACGCACCAACCCUCUGUGUUGCUCUAAACCAGCUCUGAUGGGUCUGGUGUUACCCUGGCAACAUUGGACUGAAGUGGUGCUUCUCCCAUUGGUCAAUGGUCUGCAUUAACAGAAGGCAAGCAGGGCACAUGUAAAAGUAUAUAUAUCUCUGAGUAAAUUUUUUCAGGUUUGACACAUUGUCAUCCCCUCAAAAUCCUUGGCAGUUGAAUUUCAUAUCAUAAAGUUGACAGAAAUGCUCCAGUUUAAGGUGAUAACAUGAACCCUUUGUUCAAGAGCUACUUUUGAUCAUAAUUCUUUGAUGGGUGAUAGUGGGGGUUUUAAUAACCUUAUCCGUAAGUGCUUACCGAUAGUUUUGAUAUACAGCUAUGGCCGGAAAAGGGCUGUAAGGCAGAGUCCAAACAUGGGAGCCUGCUUGCAGGCCAAACAGACAGGAGUAAGAGGUUUUACUGGAAGUGGUUGACUGCUGGUAACCAGCUUUUAUUGAAAGCUCUGUGAGAGUUAGUUUUCCAAGGUUUAGUUUGAAAGUGAGUGACCUAAAAGUUACUGUCAAGUGAUGUAUAUCUAUUUUUAACAAUGCCUGAGUCAAGGAACAUGUACCUUUAAAAUUUGUCCUAGAAGGAUGAUUAGAAAGCCUUGGAAUAAAAACUACAUAUGUGUUAAUUCCAAGCAAACAUCCUUCAAUUGUAUCCAAUGUUGGUCAUGUCCAGAACUGCAGCUGUGUAUUUUGGAAGUUGUGGCUGUCAUCAGAGUAAUUUAUCCAAGAAAGGGUAGCAGAGUGGAUUUCUGGUGCAGGAAACAUUUUAUGAUGUGAAGGUCAUUGUAUGUUAUGGAGUUCAAAUAUAAAAGACAACAUGACUUUGGAAAUGCAGUGGAAACUUUAGUGCACAAGGGGCUAGGAGCAAAAUGAAUGGACUGUCCAUAUAAUUGAUGAGAUAUCAAGUCAAAAACCCAACUGGAUGUGAAUCAUUAUUGGUUGGAAGUGAAAGCUGAUGGCAUAAUGAAGGUAAGAGUUUCUUCUAAAUUUAAUUAUAUUAAAAUAGUGCUAUGAUCACUUUGUUGAGAGACCCAUUUCCUGUUUUUCAGUAUUAGUCUUGUUAAAUGCUGUCCUACUCAAGUGGGCUUGGGGCUAAGCAAUUUACUGGAAGGUCAUCUUUGAAUGUAUUUGAUGUGGUCCUCUUAAAGGAAACUACAUGUAGCUUGAUUUAAGAGCAGAAUUUACAGUUCCAAAAAUUGAGUUCAAUAUUGAACCUACCAUGAAAUUCCAUGAUUAUAGCAGCAGGAUAACAGUGUCUGCUGGAAUGAAAAUGUCGUGUGACACUGUGAAAAGCCAACUUUGGCAUAUGUUAUAAAUAGACUAUGUCGGAUAGUUACUUUGUCUUUUUUUCCUCCAAGGGGCUGGGCAAAUUUUUCUCAUGUUACCCUGUACAUUCAAAGUAUAUUUAGAUGUCAUAACUUCUAAUUAAUUGGCAUUGAAUUUUUAUCAUAUACUUUGGUGGAUGCUUGGUUGAAAAAGAAAGUACUUAACUUCAGGAAAAGUAAACAAAUUAAGUUUUGAAAUUAUGUUUAUAUUUUGUGGGUCUGUUUUGUAUUCAGUUGUUGUACAGUCUACUGUUUUAAACAAAAAAAAGUUAUUUAAUAUGUUUAUUUACCAUGAGGCCUAUUUAACUUGUGGUAUGCUAGGCAAACAAGUGUUAGUGGUGACUUCAAUAUGCAAAUGAGUUACUCACUCACUCGGGUGUAGACACUGUGGCGAUUAGAGGUCCCAAACUCGCCUGAGCCAAAGUAACUGUGCAUUAAUGAUAGUCAGGCUUGUUACAGUUUCUACUCAGUAUUGUUGCUUUAAAUGCCACUUUUUGAGCAAACCAAAAAAAAUUUUUAGUUAAAGCACAAACCCAAUAUUAUGAAUCACUUCCAUCAUUAAGGAUCUGAUGUAAAACAAGAACCACAACAGAUCGUUUACAUUCUGAUGUAAAACAAGAAUGGUUAGAACAGUUAAAAGUUUGGCUGAUUGAUUACGUUCAAUUAUCUUAUUUAAACCUUGGUGGCUGGAUUGAUGGUAUCACUUUUUAGUAGACAAAAAUUAUCCUGCGCUUUGAUGACAAAAGAAACCUUGUGGAAUUCACUGCCACAAACUGGUAUCUAUAAUUUUAAUCAGAUUUUAAUCAGUCAUAACAACUUGCAUUCACAUAAAAUGCCUUUGAGGUAGGAAAGAAAAUAACUUUUAGAGGUUCAUUACUAGAUACAAGCAGGAAAACCUCACAAACAAGGAUUAUUUAUAGGCAUAGGGAUGGAAAAUAGUAUAAUUUGGCUGAAAAUUUGAUGAAUUUUGCAAAAGGAAGUUUGAUAAACACAAGAUUUUUUUUUAAUGAUUUUAUAGAUUGCCUGGGGUAUGUGUUUAUUAUUCCAGGGAGUUUCAUGGAGUUGGAUGGUUAAUAUCAUUCUGGAUUUCUCUAUGAUUUUCUGGAAGCUUUUGGGCAAAGUAACAAAGUUCAGUUUUUCGUGUUACAAAAAUAGUCAUCAACCACAGGUCCUUUCCAAGGACCAGUGUUCUGAAAUUGAACAACAGAUUCCAUACCUAUAACAGUGCUCUGACUUCUCCUAGGGAAAAAAUUAUCAUUUGCUUUUGGUUGCAAUAAGCAAGCAAGCUUGCAACAGGUAUAUUACCUGGAUGCAGUCAAGAUAUAGUGUGUUUAUUAUUUCUGUAAUGCUAGAUCUUGUUAACUGCUGCGACAGGACAACUCAUCAACUUGAGAAAGGAAUGAUAAACGUGCUGCACUAUCCAUGUUUCCUUUCCCUUUCCUCAAUAUCUACGUACUUCAGAUCUUGUCAAGGCAAAGGUGAAUUCUACACUUAAGCCCACUAAGGGUUCCAAAGCAUGAAGCAACCAGGAGUAUCCUCACUCUAUUUUAGUGAGACGCUUGAAUACUAUCCAGAUUUUGUCACCACUGUUUUGGUUCAAAAUGUUUCUCAGAAACAAAUGAUGAUUGGCAGAUUCUUUUAAUUCCCCUCCUGACAUUGUUUUGUUGUGUUUUUAUGCCAGUUAUCACCUAACUUUGUUGCCAUCCCUGCAUAUAUUAUAGGCUCUCUGAAAAUUGGUACAUGUAGGUUACUGGGUAAGCCCAGGUAGUUAAGUGCAGACCAACACUCAGGGUCUUAAAUUAACUGAGGAGAAUGUGUUGCCUUUGCUAUGGUAUCUGCAAAUGGUCAGAUGUUUUUGUCUUUUUGGAUAAGGAUGUAGGCCCUGUCUCCUGCAUCUUCUCUGUACUGGUUAGCAGGGUACAUUAAAGGGUCCCUGCAACUCUCACCAAAAGGGGGAAUGUAGUUCCUGUUGUAGAGGUCUUGCCUUGAUUCUGAAAUUUGGGACACUUUUCUUUCAAGAAAUUUUAAACGUCCCAAUGCAGUCUGGCCAAAGUCCACCUCAUUAGCAUUUUAAAUUAACUCAGAUAGCCUCUUAAGAGGAAAGUUGAUAAAGACAACUACUACUUAUUUGUAUCCCCCCUUUGCUUCACCAUCCACUGUACUUAUUGAUUUUUCAAUUUUCUUUCCAGUUUGGAAGCUUAUCUGACUCUUAUAUAUUUACAAGUUCUUUAGUUAACCAGAAAUGCCUGGUUGUCUUUACUCUAUGCUUAACAAUUAUAUACAAAACCCAAUAUAGAAAUACACAAAAGCACUUUGAGGUUAUACUAAGAAAACUUUCAGGGAUAACCUCAAAUCAACCUUUUGAUACCUGAAUUUACAAUAUUUUUCAUCCCUUGUUUGUACACAGUAAGUUGUGAAGUUGCUGCUCCUAUAAACUUGUAGCCUGAAAAAUGUUAUUCUUUAGAGAGGAGUAUGCCUGUAUGAUCCUCUAAAGGAAAUUAAUCCCCUCCCCCCCAAAAGGGUUGUUUAUUAUUAUAAUGAAAUAUGAACAGUAGUAGCUUACCAUUUAAAUCCUUUCAAGGAGCUUUCAAGGAGUCACAAUGCUUUAGUGAGAAUCUAUAGGACUUAGCAUCUUAUGCAAAUGGGAAAUGCUUAGACUUGUGAUCUUCAAUUUCAGACCUUUUGUUCAGAUGUGAGAAAUUAAUUAAGGAGAUAGUUGUCUAGAUGUUGUUCUGCAAGCUUUAGGCUUUAACAAAUACACUCUUAAGUGUAAUCAGGUGUCUAUUUGAGGAUCUUCUCAGAUUGGGUAAAUUGUUCGGAGAAACAUUACCAGGCUUAGUUGAUCUUUGUGCUGUGGAAAUUAAUUCUCUGUCACCUCUCUUUUUACGAGUUUCACCACCAGUUGACAGUUUACCUGAUCUGAAAUACAACAGGUUAUCACAAGUAGCAAGUGGUUGUUUUGAAAACAUUGUAAGAGGGUUAAUCUUUCAUUUGUUGAGUAAGCUUUCAAGGCUGAUGCAUUUGACUUUUAACAAAAGAAAUUUUUUCUCUUCUAUCCAUUAGAAUAAAUAUAACUUUUCUUAUGCCACCUGUAGCUAUUAACUAACCACACUCAAGUUAAAGCAAUCAUUUCAUUUUCGUAUCUCCUGAUUUAAAAUGCCUCAUUUCUCACUUCAAAGAUGCAUGCACCAUAAAUCUUUUGUUUGUAUUUUACAGUAAUAAUCCAAUUUGGGGAGAUGUUUCUCUUACUUUGAUAAGGACAGGCUUCCUUUACCCCUCACACUCCACCAUCAGUAUGCAUAUUCUCUGUGCUGAUUUCUAUCUCUAUUUGCCACUUGUACAGCACUCAAGUGAUGCUUUCUUAUUUGCAUGAGUAGCAACUCUCCUAACUCCUAGUUCCCUAUGACUUGAUUUACAUUUUCAUAGCCUCCUACGUAUGUUGUGGAUAUAGUAGAAUUGUGGGAACAUCAAACUCUUUAACUUAGAUUCCUAACUAUGUUGAACAUCAAUCUUAAGUCUAAUUCAUUCCAUAUCUAUCUCCUGAAAUCAAUAUUAGUCUUUGAGUCUAAAUGUCCUCAACCAAUUGCAGGUUAUCUUUCUACUUAUGGCUGUUAGGAAAAAAAAAUUUAUCUUUUUUGAUCCUUAUUUUGUGGAACCUGUAUUUAGCUGUCACUUUUAUUGAGUGCAGGGUGUCAAGUUCCUAUUUUGUCUUAUUCUUUGGCCUGCCUCCUAUUUUCUCCUUUUUUUUUCAUGAAAUUCCAAGUUUUUCUUAUUUUUUAGGGUUUUACUGGGUACACAGACACAUUUUGAAGUAUUUGAAAUAAAAUUGCCAAUAAAAUUGAUAAAUUCUACAAAAAACUGAAACUUCAUGUCAAAAAAGACCAGUUUGAAGCCUUUCUAAGUGAUUUUUUUGUAUCUAAUGAAAUUUGGAAUCUGGUAAUUGUUGUAGGAUGAGUUGUGCUUGGUAACAUAGGUGGUAACACUUGUUUUUGUUUACAUGGCAAUGCAUUGUGGAUGUAUGCCAUGGUGCCUGUUAAAUAUUAAAGUGUUGGGUUAUGGAACAGAGUUGCUGUUGGGAGUGUUAAGAGGAUAGAACUCAAAGAAAUCCUCCUAUUUUUUCCUCAUUUUGGGGUGAGAAUCCCUAUUUAUUUCCUAUUGUUUAGCCACUGUCAUUUCUAUUUUCCUAUUUUCUAAGUGUCAUUUGUCACUUGACACCCCGUGAAUGGUAACCCUGCUAUUUCCCAUGGGUGACUGCUAAAUACAGGUUCAACUGUGCUUUCAAGAUUGACUUUGAAGGGACACUAUUGUGAUAUCUUUAGUUACGAACUAUUUUUAAUUCCUAAAGCCAGGUUUCUUUUUUUUCCUAUAGGGUGAGGACAACUACAAAAUUAAAAGCUGAUGUAAAUGCUGUUGUCUUUAUACAUCUUCACAAUAUGUGCGAGUAGAAAAUGUUUCCUGCAGUCAGUCAGUGGACAGCCAUCUUCAUGUGAGCUUGUCAGGACAAGUUUCACCUGGGUUCAUAUUGGAAAUUUCAGCUCCACACCUGAAUUGAGGAAAACAAGAUCUUUCAAAUUUCAUCUGGGAACUGAGUUGGAGUCUUCUUAACAGAAAGUUUAUCACCAUGGCCCACUUUUGUGACAUUAAGAUAAGCUUAGCUGGUUAUAAUUAAAUCCUCUUAAAUUUAUUUGCAGGUAUUUAAAUGUUACUGGUAUGUGGCAUAUCAGGCUGUUUAGAAACAAGCAUUCUAGCAGUACUCCCAAAGCAUUUGAUAUUUAAAAAUUAGACUGUAGCACAAGAUAGUUUGCAAUAAGAAAGAUCUUAUUUGUUAAUUUAAUGCUAUCAUUCUAUUGUAAAGUUACAGAAAAAUAGCAAAGUGUUAAGCUAGGUUCUGUUAAACUGGAGCAUUUUUGUUAAUCUUAGUGUUUCUGUAGUUGUCAGAGCAUUACCACUGACUUUCCAGGUGGUUCUUGAGAGAUUCAAGGCUUAUUGGAGUUAGCACUGCAGUGCAAUGGAGCCAUGUUAGUCUUCAAUUUGUGCUUGGAAGAUUAAAUGUUAUAUCACUUGAAAUGAUAUUUCAGGACAAUUCAACCCAUGGAGUACAUGGGUAACACCUACUUUAACCUUAAAAACCAAGUCAUCAAAGCUGAACGAAGGAUAUUGAAGGUUAGUUUUGCUCUGAGAUAGAACACCUUUUAUUUUGUGUAAGAUGUAAUUAAAUUAUUAACCACUUUUACUCACCCUAUUUUCAGGAACUGGGGUUUUGUGUUCAUGUAAAACAUCCUCACAAGGUAUGUACUGAUACCAGUCACCUUACAAGCAGUGAUCAACAACUCUGUUGAUACUGUGUUUAACCCUUUUUACUCCCAACUUCCUGUUACUAAUUCUCCACACUGUCGUUGAUACAGUUCUUAUGAUUUUAGUUCAGAGAAUUUGGCAUUGGAUCAACUUAUCCCCUUAUUUAUGUUUUUCUUUAUUCUCAUCACUUGUUUGCUUGAUAUUGUUUUGGUAUUGCAAGGGGAAAUUCUGUUUUGGUCACUCAUAAGAGUUUAAGGGUUAAUGACAUUCUCAUCCAUUGCUUUGGGUUAACACAGUCAGUCCAUUUCCAUCUUCUCCCACUGAGAAGAAACCAACUUUGUUAAAUUAGUCAUAUUAUAGUGCCACAACUGUCUUCAGGGUGGCUUACAUAAAACUAAGCAAUAAAAAUUGAAAACACAUAAGCAAUGAACUCUGCCUCAAUUAUUUGGAAAUUUUGUAGUUAUAGUCCUUAGUAAUGAUUGGUACAAUUAAUUCAGUUGGAUUCAUUGUUUGUCUCCUAUGGUGUGACGAGUUAGUUUUUGGAUAAAGAAGUGGAACCUGUGAAGAACUUGUUCUAGGUGUUUUUAUGACAGGCAACAACAACUUACAUAAAAUCUACAGUUUCUCGGCCUAAGUAUCAGCUUCGAUUGUGCUAUUUUUCAUGUUUAGAUCAUAAUAAUGUAUCUUCAAAUCCUUGAGAGUGAAGAAAAGAGAGACCUUGCUCAGUCUGCCUGGUGAGUAUAAUUGUUAUUGUUUUUAAGUUUACUUUAACCUUUGACACCCUAACAUCAAUAUGCAAGUUCCUCCAUACUGUUCUUUAUACAUUUCCUAUCACACUAAUCAGGGGAAUUUGUGUAACAACCAAGAUCUUUUGUUUGGGAUCAUUUCCUUUAUUCUCAUGACCCAAAUGUUUAAUUCAAGGUUGGUACUGUUGGGAGAAGUUAGCUGUUAAUCACUUUUAGGGGUUGAAGUGUUGGCAGGCACACAGUAAUCAGUAUUAUCACCUUUACAAAAGUCUACAGCAACUAUUUAAAUAUCUGGUUUAUUGAUUAAUUUUAUUUGUAAAUUUGACAGGGCUCAAAAUUAUGGUCAGUCAAAGGACAAUGUCCAGUCAAAUAUAGGGUUUGUCCGGUUAACUCCUUUGUUGGCUGGACAUUUUGUCCAGUAUUUUUUUUACGCAUGCAAAUAAGAAUUUAAUUCUGGGGGAAGUUCAGGAUUUAAGAACAGCAGUACCACUUUUCACCCAUUGAGUUUGAGGCUCCAUGUACAACAAGAGGGUGCUAAAUAUACUUCUAUCAAAUGAGGCAGGAUCUAUUAAAUAUGACCUAAAGGAUAUUUAUCCAGUCACAUUGAGUUGUGGUCAAGCAAAAAUAGGUCUGUCUGGACAACUUAACUUAAUUUGAGCCUUGUUUAACAACAUAAUUGUCUUUAUUUAUUGGUUUUACGUGAAGUGGCAGUAAGGUUCCUCUUAUAAUAUUUGUCUUUUUCAAGCUUUUAACAUAGCAGUUGCAGUAAUUAACAUUAUGUCAUCUCUCCUUUUUUCUCAUCACAGGAAUUUUAUGAAUGACAGUUUUAGAACAAAUGUUUUUGUAAGGUACCCUCCUGAGACCAUUGGCUGUGCCUGUAUAUUCCUUUCGGCAAGACAACUGGGGGUAUGUAAUGAAGGAAAAAACGUUGCUUUACUGGAUGUGUGGUUUACAAUACUAAAAACAUAUUUUUGGCUAUUUCAGAUAAGUUUACCAAACAGGCCACCUUGGUGGGAAUUAUUUGGUGCUAAGUUAGAAGAUCUUGAGGUACUUUUUGGUUUUGCUCUUGUUCUUGUUUCUGUUUACUAAGAGAAAAUUGAAAGCUUGAAGUGGUUGUACUUGUUAGCCCUUAUUGAUUUCAAUUGUUUUUUUGGAAAUAAAUUAUGUGGAAAGUGUUUUUGCUCGUCACAGUGACACCAUAAGAGUCUUGAACAUUCACCUGACUUGACAUGUUUGUUUCCAAUUUUUUUCCUUUUGCAGGAAAUAAGUUUAACUCUUUUGAGUUUAUAUCUGCGAUCAAAGGUAAAGUUGCAGCUUGAGUUGGUACUAACACUUACAUUCUAUAUUUCAUUUUAAACGUAGGUACUUAUUACACUCCUGCUGACUUGUACAGUUGUUUACUGAUACUUGAGGAAAAUAAAAGUACAUAAGUCAUUGAGGAGUGAGGUUCCAGGUUUUGAGGGUUUUGUGUGCGAUCUAGCAUAAUGCUUCUGUGCUCGUGUAAUCAAGGGAAUUGUUGAAACGCCAAAGUUGAAACUCCUCUCGACACAUGAGAGGAGAAGAUACUGCAAUCAGUUUCUUUCUUCUUUUACCCCCAUUUGAUGUAUCUGUUCCCUUGUGUGUCACUUGUACUUCACGCCAUCCUGUUUUCGUAUUCGAUAUAUAUUCUGCAGUGAAUUACAAGUGUUUAGUACUAAAACUUUCCAAGAAAGUUGGCAGUUUAUUAUAAAAGAUUAGAACAAGAUCUCUUUAACAUGACAGUGUCAUUUAUUUAUUUGAUCAAACCAUGAAGCUUUCGAGUUCUUUCUCUUUGAUUGAAACUGAACAUGCUUUUUGUUUUAUUUUGUUUUAGGCUAACAUUGAUACCCUUCAAAAGAAUGUUAAUGAAAUUCGUGAUAAAAUCGCUCUGAAAAAGGGUGAAAGUAAAACAGAAGAGAGCACGGCAGCCAACUCUGCUCCUAAUCUGUCACCAUCAGGCGGAGCCGCCGCAGCUAAAGAUGGUUUAGGUAAAAACUUCCCGUCUCUACAUUCAAUAUGAUUCAACAUGAGCCAGGAAUGCUGAGCUAAUUACACCUGAUCGAGGCUUACAGGUGAACAACACAGGAGUUUAUUGUAUAAAGACAAACUCGAGUCUUUCAUCUUUUAUUCAGGGUCAAAGUCUUCUUCACCUAAUAAAGUGUCGCCAUCUGCUCCAAGUAUCACGGAUGGCAAAAAGAAGAGCUCGUCAAGGGUAGAAGAAGAAAAAAGAACCAACCACAAAGAACGGUAAUUGUGUAGAACCUGCACUGAGCAGUGGGACGUGAUAAACACUUCUUUUGUCUCUACUCUAGUAAGGCUGAAGUGGGGCAGGCACCCGAUCGAAUGUUUUCUAAGUCCGCAAUUGUAGUGAAGCUUGUAAACUGCGAAGGCUUAGACAAACAGCUGUCUUGUAUGGCUUAUGUGAUUCCCAAAGAAGAGCCUGGAUUGAUGCUUAUUAAUCUUUUUCCAUCUCUUGUUUUUUUUUUUUGGUUUUGUUUCGUUUUUUUUUCUCACCGCAGUCCAGUUUCCGGGGGAAAUCGCCGAAGCAGAUCUCCCGUACAUCACCGCUCUCGGAGCCGGUCAAGAAGUCCGACGCCAAGCCGAAGUCGAAGCCGAUCAAGAAGUUACAGCUUGUCGAUCAGCCCCGACAACAUUAGCAGAAGUGACUCAGAGAGCAGCGACGAAAGUCCGGAAAAAAAGAAAGCGAAGAAUAAACGAAGAAGGAGCCCGCCCAGAGGAAGAGACGAUGAAAAACGAUCACGACCUCGGAAAUACGACGGUAACUACGUGCGAAAGAAAGCGAGAACUGACGGAGCUAAUAGUUACAAACGGGAGAAGGCGCGAAGUAGGUCGCCGUAUUCUCGUAGUCGAAGUCGGUCACGGAGUCCCGUUAAAAGGCAGCGCAUGAAAUAUGAACAUGGGCGAGACAAGAAGAAACGGGACGACAGGCAUCGUGAUAGGAAUGGCGUGGACUACCGGAAUUCUAGGGACAAAGGACGUGACCAUGGAAGACACCGGAGAUAGCACGACAAAGUCGGUUACUUUUGUUUUCAUUGGACUUAUCAGAUGGAAGAGGCAAUCGAUUGUACAUAACACUAUUAUAAAAGAUAUCAUGUGCGGAUAUCUUUGCUUGUUUAUAUGCAGCAUUCUUUCAAUAAUAACGCAAACCAUGUCAAUUAAAGCAUUUGUUUUCUGUAUGGG